AUGAGUGAAGUUCAAAAAGAUAAAAGUACAAAAGCAUCAUCUAAAAGGAAUAAAAAAGAUGUUUCACAUAUUACAGUCACAUCAGAUGAGCUUGAUUUAGAGAGGUUAACAAAAGAUCAACUCUAUCAGAUGUGUCAAGACAACAUGAUAUCAGCAGUUAAAUCAUGGAAAAAAGAUAAAAUAAUUCAAAGUAUUGUUAAUUCUCUAAAGAAUAAUAGCAAUAAUAAUAGUAAUAAUAAUAAUGAUCAAUUAAAUCAAUUCGAGAGAGGAACUGUUGAUUACUAUCUACCUGUUAUAGCAAUUAAAGAGAUUUUCAGAAUUUGUUGGGCGCUAUGCUUACAGUCAUCAGACCACAAGUUACGAUUCAAACAAGCAUUGCAAUUAACUUUGGUUAAUAAACAGUUUCAUGGUAUUGUUUGUAGAUGGUUCACUCAUAUCAAGCAAAUCGAUAAACAAUCAUUGGAAAGCGCUAUCGAUAAUCCUAUGAAUCCUAUAAAGUCGGUCGAGUCGAUCGUUUUCUUUGAUGGCGCAUUGACUCAAUUCUCAAAAGAAAUGACACCGAAGCAAUCGAAAAUCUGUUCAUCCAUAAAAAAGUUGGUAGCGCAUGCCAGUUGCGAAACAAACCCACCUCCUAUUAAGCGAGCAUUCAAAAACACUUUGACAAUGAUGAACGGAUUGCAAUCGAUUCAUUUACACUAUAUGAAGCUGACAUCGGCAGAAUUGUUGCCACUUGCAACGAUGAAAACAUUGGAAAAGAUAGAGAUAACGGAGCAACGUGAAUUGACACGCGACGAUCUCAAACAAUUCUAUGGUGCCAUCGAUCACCCGCUGAAAAAACUCAUCACCGGAGAGAUGUAUAUCAGUGAUCUCGCGGAAUCGUUGAAUCCAAAGUAUCAUCAUUCACUUACGUACAUUGGUGAUUUGGUAGGUGGUGAAUAUUACCCAGGUUUUCAUGGACCUGUAGAGCCAGACUGUCCUGCCAAACCAUUGGAAUUCUCGAAUCUCAGGAAACUGAGAGCACGCUACUACUUCAAACAGCAACCAUCGUUCUUCAAACUGUUCGACAUCGAUACACUGGCAAUCACUCAUCUCAAAGUACAUUUCACAAGCGAUUGGGUUCCAGUCAUUUCAAAGCUACGCUGUCUUGAGAUCCUAGAAGAUUUAGUUAUUCACAAAAAGUUGGGAGCACCUGAUGGAACCGCCGCCGAUCACAGAAGAACCAGUAAUGGAUUAGCAAUCACCCAAAUUCAACAAUUCAUCGAUUUGCCUACAUUUUGUACACUGAUCAUCUAUUUCUAUCCAGACAAAAAAGAUAUAUUUAUCAAAGGUAUCGAGCAAUUUCUUGGAUUCGAGUUUUCACACGAUACAGUUCGUGCGAACGAGCAAUCACAUCCUAGCUUUGUUAUUGUAUUCAAAAGAAGUUUUUUUCAAAAAAAAAUAAAAUAA